AUGAAUUUCCUCCGGAGGCGUCUCUCAGACAGUAGUUUUGUGGCAAAUUUGCCCAAUGGCUACAUGAUGGACUUGCAGCGCCCUGACAACUCCACGAGCUCCCCGGUUUCUCCUGCCAUGGAGAGAAAGCAUCCGCAGCCACCGCAGCCCUCGCACUCUUCCUCUACUGGCACCAGCAUCUUCAGCUCCAUCUCCAGUGCCAUGAAGCAAACCACGCAAGCGGCUGCAGGACUAAUCGAUCACUCAACCAGCCCCACACCACCUGUGGCCCAGAAACCCAAGAUCCUCCUGGUGAUCGAUGAUGCGCACACAGACUGGGCCAAAUAUUUCCAGGGAAAGAAGGUGAAUGGAGAAUUUGAUAUCCGAGUGGAACAGGCUGAGUUCUCCGAGCUGAACCUGGCUGCUUAUGUCACAGGCGGCUGCAUGGUGGACAUGCAGGUCAUGAGGAACAGCACCAAGGUGGUAAGGUCCUUUAAGCCCGACUUUGUUCUGAUCCGGCAGCAUGCCUACAGCAUGGCACUGGGAGAGGAUUUCCGCAGCCUCAUCAUCGGCCUCCAGUAUGGGGGCAUCCACACAGUCAACUCCCUCUACUCCAUCUACAACUUCUGCAGCAAGCCCUGGGUG